UAAAAACCUACCUAAACCGCGCGAUGCCUUGCCGCUCCGCGUUCGUCCGCUUCUCGGAAAGAAGCGACCCAAGUUUCAACUUAACCAACACUUAACCAGAGAGGGGGGCUUAAAUAGUCUGACGUUUUAAACUUGCCCAACAGUAUAAGCCUUGAAAUAAACGGAGAACCGUUAUUUGCCAAAGCCGAUGGUGUCUUCAUCGACUUGACUUUUUUCAAGUUAACCAUACGGGAAAGACAGCCGGUUACGAUUUGAUUAACGACUUUUCUAGAAAUACGUUAAAGGCUCGUUCGGUUUAAUAGGGUCUUAAAACAAAAAAGCGGUCGCAGUUUAUGUGAUGUGAUUUUUAAUUGUAGUUUUGAGGUACCUAGUUCACUUUUUAAUGAAAUGGUGGUGAAUAAAUACACAAUGCCAGCGCAACCAAAUCUCAACAUGAGGAGAUUAUUCUUCAAUAGAAAGAUGGCUUCCGACUAUCCAAAUGACCAUAAUGCGAACGGAAACAACCACCACGUCCUGACAAUAAAAAAUAAUCCCUUGAGGGGCAUCGUAACUACAACUUCACAGUUGCAUUCGAAUUCACAAUCAACUUCGACUACCACUCGAGUAAAAUCUUCCAGUUCGUCUACGACUACUUCGACACAGCGAGUGCACUUAUCCUCGUCUUCCGACUUGAAAGCCUCCAACGUCAAAUCCGACUUGGACGAUCUCAAAAACAACCUUAACGACAUGAAAAGCAGUUUGUCGAACUACGGAUUACCCGAGAGCAUCAAGAAAUUGCGUAGCUCUAUUGAGAACUUGGUGGAUAACGAUGGCGACGAAUAUAUAGAAACUGAUCCGCCACCUCUGGUAACGUUUCCAGACGACAGCAGAGCCCCUUCAGAAGUGGGAUCGCCUCAGCCCAACCAAACCAUCGAAAGUUUAAAAUAUGAACAGAAAACUACGAAUAACUUCAAGAAAACAAAGGUGGUAAAGGAUGGACUUACAGCUGAAAAAGAAAGCGCCAAAACAGCAGAAUCAAAAAAAUUACAAACGGGAGAUCUGACAUACGAAGAAAGCAAAGCCGCAGCUGCCACAAAAGCUCGAUUAGAGAUUGAUGGGAUAUCUGCGGAGAAAAGUCAUAUUAAAGCCAAAGAAGCCCGAAGUCUAAAAACAGCUGAUAUAUCCCAGCAAGAAUCCAAAAAUCUAGCCCACACCAACAUGAAACUGACAAGCGAUAUAUUCAGCACCGAAAAAUCGGCCACGGAAUCUCAACAACAUCGGCAAACUGUGACCUCUAGCGGUACUUACAAUCAAGAACAUAGUAGAUCUACUAGCCGUGCUGUAUAUUCUGCUUCAGCUAAAGGAAUCACUUCUAGUGAAGCUACCAAAAUGAUAGCGCAGAUGCAUGAGCUGAUGAACAGCUGCCCAGAAGACGAAAUCCUGGCAACAUCCUUCGACGAUUUGGAACAAUUAUCAGCCUCAUCCAAUUACAUCGAAGUAGAGAAAGCCAUUAAUAAAUACACGGCAUACUUGGAGGCUUCAAUAAAAUACAUCCAAAAAACUGAUAAUGGCAAAGCACCUCAAAUUCUGAACAAAAUCAAUGAUGUGGUACGCAAAGCCUGGGCAGUUCCAACUUUUGGUCACGAAUUAGGGUAUAGCCUUUGUAACGCUUUAAGAAAAUGCGGUGGACUCGAUAUAUUAAUGACCAAUUGUACCAAAACAGAAGAUGACUUACAAUUUAACAGUGCAAAGCUCCUGGAGCAGUGCCUAACUACUGAAAAUAGAGCCCAUGUAGUUGAACAUGGUCUGGAUAAAGUUGUCAAUGUUGCCUGUGUAUGUACUAAACAUACUACUUCAGUCGAACAUUCACGAGUUGGCACUGGAAUUUUGGAACAUUUAUUCAAACAUAGCGAAGAAACGUGUAGCGACGUCGUCAAGCUAGGAGGCUUAGAUGCGUUACUAUUCGAAUGUCGAAAAAGUGACGUGGAGACCUUACGUCAUUGCGCUGGUGCCUUAGCUAACCUUAGUUUAUACGGAGGUGCUGAAAACCAAGAAGCGAUGAUCAAACGAAAUGUGCCAGUGUGGUUAUUCCCAUUAGCUUUCCAUAAUGAUGAUAAUAUUAAGUAUUACGCCUGCCUUGCCAUUACUGUUCUAGUUGCUAACGCUGAAAUUGAAGCCGAUGUUAUUCAAUCUGGUACUCUAGAUCUUGUGGAACCGUUCGUCACCACACACAAUCCUUCUGAAUUUGCAAAAUCUAACUUAGCUCACGCACACGGACAAAGCAAAACUUGGUUGAAGAAUCUAGUACCAGUUCUAAGCUCAAAACGUGAGGAGGCAAGAAACCUGGCCGCAUUCCAUUUUUGCAUGGAAGCGGGUAUCAAGAAACAACAGGGCAAUACAAAUAUAUUCUCAGAAAUUGGUGCCAUAGUCGCCCUCAAAAAAGUUGCUAGUUGUCCAAACGCUGUGGCAUCAAAAUACGCAGCACAAGCUUUAAGGUUGAUAGGCGAAGAAGUACCGCAUAAAUUGAGCCAACAAGUACCACUUUGGUCCUCUGAAGACGUAGAAGAGUGGGUGAAACAAAUUGGAUUUUCUGAAAUUGUUCCCAGUUUUGUGGAAAGCCGGGUAGAUGGCGAUCUUUUGCUACAAUUGACUGAGGACAAUUUGAAAGAAGAUAUUGGUCUGACUAAUGGAAUUAAAAGGAAAAGAUUCACUCGUGAAUUACAAAAACUAAAAAGAAUGGCGGAUUACACCUCUCGUGACUCAGCAAACAUAAACAAUUUCCUACAAUCAUUAGGACCAGAAUUUUGCACUUAUACUUACAGUGUCCUAAACGCCGGCGUAGAAACUAAAGACGCCUUGCGAAAUAUAUCAGAAGAUCAGUUGAUGCACGAAUGUGGCAUUACAAAUUCCAUCCAUAGGUUUAGAAUCAUGGAAGGCAUCAGACAAUUAGAAAAUAGGAUAGGUAGUGAACUCAACGAUGAAAGUCCCGAUAAAUCUUUAGACGUGUUUGUGAGCUAUAGAAGAUCUACUGGGUCACAGUUGGCAAGUCUACUCAAAGUUCAUCUACAGCUUAGAGGUUUCAGUGUUUUUAUUGAUGUUGAAAGACUGGAAGCGGGAAAAUUCGACAACAAUCUCUUACAGAGCAUACACAAGGCCAAGCACUUUUUGUUGGUGCUAACACCGAAUGCUUUAGAGCGGUGCAAGCAUGAUAUUGAGAAAAAAGACUGGGUACAUAGGGAAAUCGUAGCAGCUCUGUCCGCAAAUUGCAACAUAAUUCCCAUCAUUGACAAUUUCACAUUCCCUGAACCUGAUGAAUUUCCAGAAGACAUGAGACAAGUCUGUCAUUUCAAUGCUGUACGAUGGAUCCACGACUACCAAGACGCAUGUGUGGACAAACUUGAAAGGUUCAUGCGGGGUGAACUAAACGCCCGAAGCAACGAAGGUAGUCUGAUUAGAGCAGGGGUGGGCCUAAAUAAAGGUGAUAUCACCCCUGGCACCCCAUCCAACCCAAAUUUGGUCAGGCAGCCGCCCAGUUACCAGCGCAUGCACAGUAACGAUUCAGGAAGCGGCAAAGGAUCUGAUAAAGAUUUAAACGGGGGAGCAGGUAUGAGGGAUUGACUAGAUGGUCCCCAUGCCUCGGUUAAUGCUCCUCCUACACCUCUUCCAAGUUCCUAAUUACAGGUACUUCAAGGCAGGAAGUCCGUCUAGAAAUUGGAUUAUGAAUCCAAAAUCCAGAGGAUUGCCUCCACAGUAUCCAUGCCGAAGAGGUUCAACUGCACCUAUAUCGUCUUUGGUCUUAACUAGCACCUCAAGCACUCCCAAUAGAUCUCGUAGUUUAGAUGGCCUUUUGGAUUCCGAAUCAAAAAUAUCUGACAUCGUCACGGAAAUAUCCCCAAAUCCGUCCGAAUCAGCCGAUAAGGGCUGUAAUGAUUAUGACUCUAAUACUGAUAAACAGACUGACAUGCCUACCGAUUUUAGUAAAAUUAAAGCCCAUAGCUUAGAUGACAUUUUGGUUAACAACAAUAAUUAUAAUAAUAGCGGUGAAUGGGAUAAACAUUCAAUUGAUAGUACUUCUAGUGAGUCCAAAAGAAAAAAAAAAUUCAUGGAUCGAUGUGUUAAUAAAGUGAGAUCUCUUAUCAAAAAAUGAAUACAUAUAAUGGCAGCAUAUAGCUUUGAUAUUGUAAUUUUGUUAGGUUUGAGACUAAUUUUAGAACAACCAAAACAAAACAAAAAUACUAUGUAUUUAAUAUUUGCAUAUUUAAGGGUAGAAACUACUGUUACAGUGAAGAAAGUGAUAUUUUUGUUAUCCAAUUUUUGGUUUUAUGGCAACUAAAUUACUUGUUAGUACAAAUAUGUAUGCUUUUUUUUUACGAAAAUUUGUAUAGUCUCCAAAAAUGUGUGAUUAAACCAAGGACGAAGAGAAAAGUGACCUUAGUUUAGGAAUAAAAAAAGUAUUUCUAAUAUUUAUAUACAGGUAUGAGUGAAGCUACUUAUACUUUACUAUUUCAUGUGUUUUAACAUAAAAUUUAUAUAGUUUUUAGUAAUGACAGGUUUUUCCAAACCAUAAAUACCAAAGCUUUUGCUUCACAUUCUAAGCAAAAGAUAAUAGUGGUAUAACUUUUUAUGUCUUAUUUGUUUUCAAUAACAUUUUUUUGUAGUAUUGCAUAGUUUUAUUUAUUUGAAAAAAUGUUUUUGUCUCAUGUAUUUGUUUUUCUUUGUUCAAGAAUUUUUUGUGGCACGUUUUUGUUUGAGAUUGUUUUGUUGGAUCCCUUUGGUGGCCCAACCAAAAAAAAAACAAUAUCGAUCGAUAAUUUGCUUAAGGGAAUUUUUUUCCCAAUUGUAUUUGUGCAAUGUAUUUUGAUUGAUUGAUAAAUUUGUGUUUUUUUAAUGUUUAUAUAAGUUAUUGAAAAUGAAUUAGAUGGAACACCAUGAUUACUUUCAAUGUUAUCGUUAUUAUUGGUGUUCUUACAUUUUAAAUAAUCAAUUCAUUAUAUUUUUAGGUAAAUAGAAAUUAAAACGUUUUUCUAUUUUAUGUUACAUUUAAAAUAUAUUUUAUUAAAAGAUUGUUUGUAUUUUUUGUUGCUCCCUAUUAAUAUGGGCAAUAUGGCUGAACAGGGAGCUUCAAAUAGACGAAUUU